CCUGGUUGAUUCUUCAGCAUAGUAAUCGCAGUCUCAGCCUCUCAGGUUCACAGUGGUAGGAAGUUUGCAGGGUCGUGCCCGUGUAAUUGCUGAUCAAUGGAAACGGCGCGGUGGUCGCCCGUCUGCCUCGACCUCAUGGUCGGGCUACCCAUGGUGCGCGAGCCGUCUCCGGCGAGGCGCGCCGGAAUGAGAACCCAAGCUGACAUUGCUAGCUCACCCUGCGGCAGAGCAGCUUCCAUGACCAACGGCGAGGCUAGUAAGAUGAUGGAGGCGAAAUUCACGGAGGUAAGCGAGGAGAACCGGAGGCUGACGGAGAUGAUCGGCUACCUGUACGCUAACCAGAGUUUCGCGCGACACAGCCCCGAAGGGGACGGCGAGCAGCCCGCGAGCACCGCCGCGUCGCCGACAUCACCGGUGGGCAAGAAAAGGAGCAGGGAGAGCAUGGACACGUCGGAUUCCGGCGAUGGCAACAGCGACAAGAAGAUGACUGGUAUGGUCGAGGCCGAGCAUGUUGACGUCGAGAGCCCGCUGAGCAACGGCACUUGCCGGAGAAUCAAGGUCAAGAGGGUCUGCACCCGGAUCGACCCAUCGGACACGAGCCUCGUUGUGAAAGACGGGUAUCAAUGGCGGAAGUACGGGCAGAAGGUGACACGGGACAACCCCUCCCCCCGAGCCUACUUCCGAUGCGCCUUCGCGCCGUCCUGCCCUGUCAAGAAGAAGGUGCAGAGAAGCGCCGAGGACAGCUCGAUGGUGGAGGCGACGUACGAGGGCGAGCACAACCACCCGCGCCCCACGCGGGCCGGCGAGCUGCCGAGCUGCGCGGCGGGGGGCGGCGGCCCGGUGCCGUGCUCCAUCUCCAUCAACUCCUCCGGCCCGACCAUCACGCUGGACCUCACCAAGGACGGGGGAGGUGUGCAGGUGGUCGAGGCAGCAGGGGAGGCGCAGCCGGACCUGAAGAAGGUGUGCCGGGAGGUCGCGUCGCCGGAGUUCCGGGCGGCUCUGGUGGAGCAGAUGGCCCGCGAGCUCACCGGCGACCGAAAGUUCACCGACGCGCUCGCCGCCGCCAUCCUGCGGAAGCUGCCGGAUUAUUAGCAUUCAAGUAGAAUCUGUUGAGACUGUGCAUACUUCAGAAACUUCCGCCCGUGCGGUUUUCUUGUACAGCUUCAGAAAGGAAGUUCCUAGCACUUCUCUGCUGAGAUUUAGGGCCUAGUUCUCCCCCGAAUUGUACUGCAUAAUUUGCAUUUUUCUUGCUAUUUGAGGAUCUGAAUCGUACCACAGAAAAAUAAUGUAUCAGGGGAAAAGAAGGUAUGACAAAGAUAACUUGAAUCGCACCACAAUUUGAAAUUUUACUUGUUAAUUUCUCUGUUCCAAAAUAUAGAAAUGUUCAGCUUUGUCCUAAGUCAAAAAAUUUAUUA